AUAGGUCACUGGGCUCAUAGCAUCCACGUGGAACAUUCCAAUGUUCGGGUUUGUUGGCCAAACACCCAAAAUGGAUAAUGCUCAGGUGUAUGACACCUAUAUAAAAAUUGUACCACCACUUAAGAGGGUUGGAGAAAUCCUGGUUAAAACACUGGAUUUCUUUGGGUGGAAGUAUGUCGGUAUGAUCGGAGGGGGCGCGGACACAAACACGUGGGACAGCGUUGAUGCUCUUUGGAAGAAUGUGGAACAGCAGCUCAGAGCUAAAGUAACAAUAACCGCUGGAAUUAAGUUUGACACCAGUGAGCCAGAAUUGAUACGCAAAAACUUACAACUGAUGUCAAGGGUUGCAAGAGUGGUGGUUGUGCUGGCUAAUGGUGAAGACACCAGAGCUUUGAUGUUAGAAGCUCAGAGACAGGGGAUGAUGAAUGGAGAGUAUGUUUUCCUUCUCGUUCAGCAGUUUGAGGUCAGUGCCAAAGUGGAUAACCUGUGGAAAUCUGCUUUGGGUCAAACAAAUGAAACAGUCCUGAAGGCCUUUGACAUGGUCUUUGUACUCGCUCAGAAAUCCUAUGAUGGUUAUGACUAUUAUGACUUCUUCGAGCAGGCUUACGAUAGGUUACAAGGAGCACCAUUUUACAGUAACCUGUCCUCAGAAAAUGAGGUAAGCUCCUACGCAGCUUAUUUACAUGAUUCUGUACUGCUGUAUGCUAUGGGUCUAAAAGAAGCCUUUAAAAAUGGUAAAGAUAUCCGCCAUGGACGAGAGAUCGUCCAGAAACUCAGAGACAGGACCAGCAUCAGGUUUUAUGGGGCUUCAGGUUUAGUUCACUUUGAUGAAUUUGGAGAGAGGAACCUAGACUAUUCAGUAUUUGACCUGCAGCAAACAGAAGGAGUCAUCAAAUUUGUUCCUGUAUUGGAUUUUGACAGCCAAACAAAAAUGAUCAAACCCACAUUACGCUUUUCUAAUGUCUUUUGGCCAACUGGAAAACCUCCACCAGAUAAUCCAGACUGUGGUUUCAAUAACGAACUCUGCGAAUGGUUGGAAAACGAGAUAUCUCUACUCGUGUUGUUGGUGGCUCUGCCUGUGUUUGGAGUGAUAGCUGUGGCUUUGGUCACUCUGCUGAUGGUUCAGAAGCUCCGUCUACAAACUCGCCUGGAUGAGUCCAACUGGUGGCUUAUUGACUACAACGACAUAACUAUCCUCAAAGAGCCUAAAGGAACCCAGACACUGUCUGCUAGGUCGACACCAAGCAAAUGUGGCAGUGGAGGAUCUCAGUCUAUCUUCUCCUCAAACAGUUGUAGUUUUAAAGGAAGUGGAAAAGAAGCCAUCUACACCACUAUCGGUAUCUAUCAGGGAAACGAGGUGGGCAUAAAAUACUUGAAAAAUCAAAUCCUCACCAAUAUCAAGAAGCCGUCUGUUAUUGCAGAAUUCAAUAUGUUGGGGAAAAACACACGUGGAUUUCUGCGUUCACCCUUCAGUUUGAGCACAGCAACAGGCUUAAAAGAAAUAAAACACGAGAACCUGGUCCAGUUCUUCGGUGUGUGUGUUGAGCCUCCAAACGUCUGUAUUGUAAUGCAGUACUGCAAGAAAGGAAGUCUGAAGGAUGUUCUCCAGAGCAACGAGAUCGAUCUGGACUGGAUGUUCAAAUUAUCCUUUGCCUAUGAUAUUGUUAAUGGUAUGGAGUACAUACACAAGAGCAGUCUAAGGUCUCAUGGAAAUCUAAAACCCAGCACUUGUCUAGUAGACAGCAGGCUGCAGAUCAAGCUGUCUGGAUUUGGUCUGUGGGAAUUCAAACAUGGAUCCAAAUACAGAUUAAUCCCGCUGGAGAAUCCAAAGUAUGAAGAGAUGUACUAUACUGCACCAGAGUUUUUAAGAGAAAUCUAUUUCCCAUUUAAUGGCACGCAGAAGGGAGAUAUCUACAGUUUUGCUAUAAUAAUGCGGGAGAUAAUGUACAGUACAGAGACGGGCCCAUACCACGAUGUUCAUCUAGAACCGAAAGAGAUUAUCAAGCAGUUAAGGACCCCCAUGUCCGAAGAGCCCCUUAGACCCACCCUGCUUGCUGAUAUCUGUGAUGAACGCCUGAUACCUUUGCUAAAAGCUUGCUGGAGUGAAAACCCAGAACACAGACCACCGUUCACCACUAUCAGGAGACGUCUGCGGGAAGCCAUCCCUGAAGGUCAUGUCAACAUCCUGGAUAACAUGGUGAAUAAACUUGAGAAAUAUGCCAAUCAUCUGGAAGAGGUUGUGGAGGAGAGAACCAAUCAGCUCACGGCAGAAAAGACCAGAGCGGAUAAGCUUCUCUCUAGCAUGCUGCCCAGGUAUAUCGCAGAUGAGCUAAUGGCUGGAAAAUCAGUGGAGCCCAAAAGUUACGAUAUGGUCUCCAUCUUUUUCUCUGACAUUGUGGGGUUUACCACCAUGUGCUCCAUUAGCUCGGCUCUGGAGGUGGUCACGCUCCUCAAUGACCUUUACAGUCUGUUUGAUGAGAUCAUCAAGCUAUACGAUGUCUACAAGGUGGAAACAAUUGGAGAUGCAUAUAUGGUAGCCAGCGGGCUACCUAUCAUUAAUAAUGGCCAUGCUGAGGAGAUCUCUACCAUGGCACUCCACUUCCUCUAUGCCAUCAAAAGGUUCAAAAUUAGGCAUUUGCCGAAUGAGAAACUGGCCCUACGGAUUGGGAUCAAUUCUGGCCCAGUGGUUGCUGGAGUUGUGGGUAGCACUAUGCCCCGGUACUGUUUGUUUGGGGAUACAGUGAACACGGCUUCCAGAAUGGAGAGCAACAGUCUUCCACUGAAAAUCCACGUCUCUCAAAGCACCGCGGAAAUUCUCAUAAAGACUGGACAUUUUGAACUGGAGGAAAGAGGCGAUAUUGAGAUCAAGGGAAAGGGAACGCAGAAGACCUUCUGGCUGCAAAACAAAACAGGAUUUAAGAUUCCUCCCACUGGCCAGGACUAUGAUGCAAAACUUAAAUCAGUAUCAGAUCAGGAGAAAACCAAGGCAGCCUCAACAAAUGAUGGUGAGAAUAAAGAAAGAAGAACAAUCCAGAGGAGUCCAGGCUUUGCUAAAAUGUCAGAAAUGCACACCCUCACUGUACCCGACAUUUAGUCCAACCAUGACUUUUUAUAUACUGUAAACUUUGAUGUCCAGGUACAAUUACACAUUUUAAACAUUAAAUAAGGGCAAGACACGUUCAAAUUGAAUAAGAAUUUAAUUACUUAAAAUAUUUGUACACAAACCAAUUACACAAGAAUAUGUAUUCUUGUUAGAAUAAAAAUUAACAAUUGAAUCGCUAAUUUACUUACUCUACAAAUAUUUAUGUAAGAAACACUAAACACAAGUUAAAAAUGCAAGUGAACGUUUUUAGGUGAAGAUCGAUACACUCCCUGAGACACACAUAUAUGGUGGCGGUGUGCAGGUGUAUGCAUGCAUGUCUUUAUUUAGGUAUCUUCAUGAAAGUGCAAAUGUGUGUUUCAUUGCAUUUAGAAGUGACCCAUAUUUGGCCUCGUUACAAACUGAAGUACCUUAAAAAUUCAUUUAGUAGAAGUAUGGGCAGCAGACACACAAAUGGGCCUGUAACACAGAGGGGUGAGAAAAACAAAUCUUUUGAGUAGCACAAAAUAGGAAGUGACAUCAUAAGAUGACACUAAUAUAGAACCAUGUUUUUACAUACCGUAAACAAAUUUUAUAAAAUCUUUGGAAAUACUUUACAAGCAGCUAUAAUUUAUUACCAUGAUCUAUAAAGUAUCUGUCAGCAAUGCAACAUUUACAGUAAAGAGACUAACCUGCAAGAUGCAUGCAACUUGAGGAGAGUUGUGCUGUAAACAGUCAGGCUUAACAAUGAGUUAUCAGGUUUAAAACUUCAAAUCAUGCAAAAACAAAAUGUUAAAUACCUCUGACUUGAAACUCCAUGGUCAGGAUGCCUCCAUUUGGGUCAGGUUCGAAUUCUGUACUUCUCGAUGUGCAUGGAGUCUUGGAUCAAAUGAAGAAGAGUUUUAAUGGUGGCCAGUAUUUAAAUCAUUAAAUUGAUAUUAAUACUUACUGGUUGACAGAACAGCUUUUCCCCAUCGCACACUUGCACCUCACAGUGCAGCCAAACAGUGGACACUUUCUCCAGCCGCUGGAAGCGGAACGAGUUGAACUUAAACAUGGACCUGCUGUCUUUGGCAUUUUCAAAUAUGGUGACUGUGUUGUCUAAAGAGCAACUGUGAACCAGGAGCAAACAUAUUCAGUAUUGAAUCACGUAAAGGAAAAUUAUGACUGUUCUCUUUAAUAAAUAAUAUAAACUUACCUGUUCAGAAUUAAAGUCCACCUUUUCCUGUCUGUUGAAUAAGGUGUAGGUGUUGCCCAGCAGUUUGUUAUGACUACUUUGAACCUAUUAAAGAGAGUCUUUUGCAUUGGC